AUGACAACACUUCAACAGUCCAACUCCCAAGGUGUUCGUGCCGACAAGCUUGUCGCUCUCCCAAGCUUGUCAUGCGGUCUCUCUUCAUUACCUCAAGCCAAAAGCAUGGACAGUGUGUCACUAUAUCCAAACAUGUAUGCGCAGCGGGCAGCUGAAAGCGAAGCCAAGGUA